GCUGCCCUUGCAGUGCCCGGGGCAGGGAUUUACCGGACGCAACUCCUCGUGCCCCGCGUGUUCCCCGCCCGCAGCCCGGCCCGGGGGUCCCGGUAGUGCCGGGGGACGCCGGGGGAACCGGGCGGGCCGGUGACCUUGGCGAGCCGCCGGCCCUGCGCAGCGCCGGGAGCCGGGGCAGGGCCGGGCCGAGCUCCCGGUGCCGCCCCCUGCGCGGAGCCGCACCGGCGGAGGUACCGGCGGAGGUACCGGCGGCACCGGCGCACUCCUGCGGGCGGGCCCAUCCCGCGGGCCGGCACCGGGCACACGAUGCGUCCCCAAAGCCCCUGGGCCGCCGGCCCGGCAGCGCUGCUGCUCCUCGCCGCCGUUGUCGCCUCCGACGCGCUGCUCAACGCCCGGGGCAGGAAGAAGGUGGUGCAUGUGAUGGAGGGUGACAGCGGGGCCGUGGUGGUGCAGACAGCGCCGGGCAAGGUGGUGACACACCGCGGUGGCACCAUCAUCCUGCCCUGCCGCUACCACUACGACGUGUCCGCGCACGACCCGGCCGAGAUCCGCCUCAAGUGGACCAAAGUGACCGAGCCCAUGGCCUUCGUGGACGUGUUCGUGGCGCUGGGCAAGGCGCGGAGGGCGUUCGGACCCUACCGGGGUCGCACGGCCCUACAAGAGGACGGUGUGGGCGACGCGUCCCUCAUCAUCCGCAACGUCACCCUGCAGGACUACGGGCGCUACGAGUGCGAGGUGACCAACGAGCUCGAGGACGACACCGGCGUGGUCAAGCUGGACCUCGAAGGAGUGAUUUUCCCGUACCACCCGCGCCUGGGGCGCUACACGCUGAAUUUCCACGAGGCGCAGCAGGCGUGCCUGGAGCAGGACGGGAUCCUGGCGUCCCACGACCAGUUACACCAGGCCUGGCUGGAGGGGAUGGACUGGUGCAACGCCGGCUGGCUGGAGGACGGCUCGGUGCAGUAUCCCAUCUCCCGGCCACGCGAGGAGUGCGGCCGCAAGGACACGCCCGUGGGCGUCCGGAAUUACGGCUACCGGCACAAGGAGAGCGAGCACUACGACGCCUUCUGCUUCACCUCCAACCUCAACGGCAAAGUUUAUUUCCUCAAAACCUUCCGCAAGCUGAGCUACUCGGAGGCCGUGCAGGCGUGCAAGAACAACGGCGCGGCCGUGGCCAAGGUGGGGCAGCUGUACGCCGCCUGGAAGAUCCAGCUGCUGGACCGCUGCGAGGCCGGCUGGCUGGAGGACGGCAGCAUCCGCUACCCCAUCGUGAACCCCCGCGCCCGCUGCGGCGGCCGCGAGCCCGGCGUGCGCAACCUGGUUCCCGACAAGAAGUACAAGCUGUUCGGCGUGUACUGCUUCAAAAAGGCCGGAGAAGCCCCGCCCGCGGCGGCAGGGGGGCACCCCAAGCGCGUGUGAGGGUCGGAGCGAUCGGCAGCACCCCCCGGGUUUGGCCGGGGAUCCCCCCCGCGCUGUGCGGGGAGCUGCGGGCAGCCCCUGCCUCGGGCUGGAGAGGUGC